AUGUAUGUAGAGGGAGAAUAUGGUUGUCAAGUUCGAACAGCCGUUUUUGAUUUCGAAAAGGAUCCGUUGGAGGAUUUGCCCGCAGAGUUGAAAACAAUGAAUGUUGGAAUUCUUGUUAAUAGUGUUGGUAUUGCACCAGAACAGGUAGAUACUGUAGUAGAUCAGCCCGAGGGUUUAUCCUCGAAAAUUUUGAAAGUUAAUCUGCUCUCCAUUGUUAAAAUGAUUGAAUUAAUUUUGCCUGGGAUGGUUGAACGUGAUUGUGGGAUUAUAGUUAAUAUAUCUUCUAUAAUGGGAUGGAGACCAUUUCCAUACCUUUCAACUUAUCCGGCAAGUAAAGCAGCAAUUAGUUUCUUUUCUGAUGCAUUGGCUGAUGAAUUUAAACACACAAAUAUCAAAAUUCAAUGUUUAAUCCCUUCAUUAGUUUCAACAAAAUUAGCUUCUUAUGAACCUGGAGAUACUGAACUUUUCGUUGUUGAUACUAAUGUUUUUGCAAAACAAGCAGUUAAUAUUAUAGGAAAAUGCAGGCUUAGUACAGGCUGCUUUCAACAUGAUUUACAGAGCAUUACCUCUAAGAUAGUUGGAUUAUAA